AUGGCCCUACCUGCCUUGCACAUGCCUAUUACCCCAUACUUCCCAACCCUUCCCCCCUGUCCCACCUAUUCAAAGAUAUCAUGCUUGAGGAGCUGCCCGUUGCUAGGGGAACAGAUCAUCAGUCUGCGGCAGAAGAAGGAGAACUUGGAGGCCAUUAUUAGCAUGAAGACAGACCAUGAGAAAGUCCUUCAUGAGCGAUGCCCGAGUUUGAUGAAGAAGUACGACAAGGAAUCGCGAGCAAACAAGCGCCUGUCCAUGGAUUACGAGGAGCUGAUGUGGAAACUGUCCGAGUCAUUCACCGACCCUGACCUGGGAACCCUGGAGUUGUACCAGAAAAUGGGAAUGUCCCCCAACGGUGAUCUAACUUCACCCGGCCUUGGCAGAAAGUUGAGAACGCCGUCUAGUUCGGAAAGCAGUCCCUCCAAAAGUCCUGCCACCAGAAGGACUUUGUCCUUGAGUGCUGACGAUCGGGAUGAGAAAAAAAUGAAGAGACGUUCUGGAAAUUAUUUAAUAGACGAAAUGAAGCACAGGGCCACUAGUCCUCUUGCAAAGCAAAGUGUGUAAAACCCACUCACGAAGUCGUGGUCACCAGGUAGUGGUUCUCUGUCAAGUUCGCCAACGCGCUCGAAUGGUCAUAAUGGCACUGCCAUGUCCCAGUCCUGGUGUGUUGAAAUGGAAAAAGAUGAGAACCAAUCGCAAGCAGUAGUCAGCAAGAUUCCUCGGAGCAAAUCCAACACAGAUAAACAAUCGCAUGGGAAGUCAGUUUCUCCAGAAGUAAGUGAUAGAUUGAGAACUGAACAAGUUUCUAUUUUGAAAAUGGAAACGGAUAAUUCCAAUUCCAACAGCGUAAACGGCGAUGUCCAGACAUCCGUUGAGUCUGAACUUGUCACGUGCAAGAGUGGAGAAUCACCACAAAAAACAGAGCCAAAGGCUGUCCCAGAAAUGGUGCCAUUUUCGGAAAGUGACCAUGUGUUCAACGAAAAUUUCUGUGUGAUGAAUAAUAAACAUGCCAAUACUGAUUCUGAUACAAAUUUCUCUACCUCUUCCAUUACUUCUGUCGACACACUUCAAUCUGAAACUCUUUCCUGCCCAUCUUCAAAACUGCCAGUAAACAUUGAAGAAGAAAAUGACACAGGAUCAGCAAGACGUAGAGGUCACACAGAAAAAAACUGUAUGAUCUUUUUUGUAUUGAACAAACUUUUCGUUUAAGUAGUUACAGUGUUUGUGUUGAAAAGCAAUUACUGCAAAACCAUUUUUAUUUGUAAGCAUAAAAUGUUGCGGGGGAUUUUUCCCCAGACUCACAAUUUCGUUGCCAUGUGAAUUCUAAGAUAGCUGAUAAAAAAAACAACAACUUUGGAAUGUUUGUCGGUCAGUCAUGUGUACAAGUGUAUGUAAUGCA